GGUUCCAUCUAACUACAGGGAACAUUAAUUCUCUCCUGUAGUUGAAUUAACACAAUAUUAUUAUUAAUAUUAUUAAUAUUCCUCCUCUCAUGCUGACUGCCCACAUGGACAAAAUAAGAAACAACUCCAGCUUGAAUGUGGAAACCAGCAGGAGUGAGUGAACGAUUUUAUUUCGCUGUAACUCCACAUUGUGAACAUGUGAACUUGUUGAAUAGAAGCUGAUAUGACUGAGAAAGCUUCGGAAAGCUGCUAUUGAUUUCUAUUAAUACUCCUGCUGCUGCUUGUUGCUGCUCGGCUCUCACUGGUGGAGCAUGUAGGCGGGAAAAGAAAAGAAAAACACAACACGGACAGGUAGAAAGCAGGAAAAGAAGUGUGUGAUAAAAAGCCGAGAGAGGAAUAAAGCUUGUGUCCAUGACUGCUGCCCUGCUGGCUCCACUCCCCACUCGCUGUGUUUGUGAGUGGAAGUGGGUGUGAUCAGCUGAGGGUUGGUCGCUGCCAGAGCGGCCGCCGACACUCUGCUGCUCCUGCUUCUGCUUCUUUAUCUGCGCUCAUCCAUGCUGGAUUGAAAGAAAGAAAGAAAGAAAGAACACAAACCCUCCUUUCUGGACAGCUGUUUUAUGGACUCUCAGCUGCUGCCAUGAGCGAGGAGGCCAAAGAGAAAUCUGGGGGCAAGUCGGCUCACCGCAAGAAGAAAGGCAAGAAGACGGAUGUAAACGCCUGUUAUCUGCGAGCAGCUCGGGCUGGGAAUCUGGAGAAAGCUUUGGACUACCUGAAGAAUGGAGUCGACAUCAACAUUUGCAAUCAGAACGGCCUCAACGCUCUCCAUCUGGCGUCCAAGGAGGGCCACGUGGAGGUGGUGGCCGAGCUCAUCAAGCAGGGCGCCAACGUGGACGCCGCCACUAAGAAAGGAAACACUGCCCUGCACAUAGCUUCCCUCGCCGGACAGACGGACGUGGUGAAGGAGCUGGUCAACCACGGAGCCAACGUCAACGCACAAUCUCAGAAUGGCUUCACUCCGCUGUACAUGGCAGCGCAGGAGAACCACAUGGACGUGGUUCAGUUCUUAUUGGACAACGGCUCCAGUCAAAGCAUCGCCACUGAGGACGGGUUCACCCCCCUGGCGGUGGCGCUGCAGCAGGGUCAUGACCAGGUGGUUUCCCUGCUCCUGGAGAACGACACCAAAGGAAAAGUCCGACUUCCUGCUCUGCACAUCGCUGCCAGGAAGGACGACACGAAGGCGGCCGCCCUGCUGCUGCAGAACGACCACAACGCCGACGUGGAGUCCAAGAUGAUGGUGAAUAGAACAACAGAGAGCGGUUUCACUCCUCUGCACAUCGCCGCUCAUUACGGAAACAUCAACGUGGCGACGCUGCUGCUCAACAGAGGAGCUGCUGUGGACUUCAAGGCCAGAAAUGAUAUAACUCCGCUGCAUGUAGCGUCCAAACGUGGGAACAGCAACAUGGUCCGACUGCUGCUGGAGAGAGGAGCCAAGAUAGACGCUCGGACGAAGGACGGUCUGACUCCUCUUCACUGUGGAGCUCGAAGUGGCCAUGAACAGGUGGUGGAGAUGCUGCUGGACCGAGGAGCUCCAAUACUGUCCAAGACCAAGAAUGGCCUGUCUCCCCUCCACAUGGCAACGCAAGGCGACCACCUGAACUGUGUCCAGCUGCUUCUUCACCACGAGGUUCCCGUGGACGACGUGACCAACGACUACCUGACAGCGCUGCACGUCGCCGCCCACUGUGGACACUACAAGGUGGCGAAGGUCAUCGUGGACAAGAAGGCCAAUCCCAACGCCAAGGCACUGAAUGGUUUCACUCCGCUGCACAUCGCCUGUAAGAAGAACCGAGUCAAGGUGAUGGAGCUGCUGCUGAAGCAUGGAGCGUCUAUCCAGGCCGUCACCGAGUCCGGUCUGACUCCCAUCCAUGUGGCAGCGUUUAUGGGACACGAUAACAUCGUCCACCAGCUGAUCAACCACGGGGCGUCACCCAACACCAGCAAUGUGAGGGGGGAGACGGCGCUCCACAUGGCAGCCAGGGCAGGACAGUCCAACGUGGUCCGGUAUCUGGUCCAGAACGGAGCCCGGGUCGAUGCCAAGGCCAAGGACGACCAGACUCCGCUGCACAUCUCCAGCCGUCUGGGUAAACCCGACAUCGUGCUCCAGCUGCUGGCUAACGGAGCGUAUCCGGACGCCACCACCAGCUCCGGCUACACCCCGUUACACCUGGCAGCCCGGGAGGGUCACCGAGACAUCGCUGCUGCUCUGCUGGACCAAGGAGCCAGUCUGGGCAUCACCACCAAGAAGGGCUUCACUCCUUUGCACGUUGCAGCAAAAUACGGAAAGCUGGAAGUGGCCAACCUGCUGCUGCAGAAAAACGCUCCACCUGACGCUGCCGGGAAGAGUGGACUAACUCCACUGCAUGUGGCGGCGCACUACGAUAACCAGAAGGUGGCGCUGCUGCUGCUCAACCAGGGGGCCUCACCGCACGCUGCUGCAAAGAACGGCUACACUCCGCUGCACAUCGCGGCCAAGAAGAACCAGAUGGAGAUCACGACCACGCUGCUGGAGUACGGCGCCUCCACCAACACGGUGACCCGGCAGGGCAUCACGCCGCUGCACCUGGCGGCGCAGGAGGGCAACGUGGACAUCGUGACGCUGCUGCUGGCUCGAGACGCUCCCAUCAACACGAGCAACAAGUCUGGUCUGACUCCGCUCCACCUGGCCGCCCAGGAGGAUAAAGUCAACGUUGCCGAGGUUUUAGUCAACCAUGGAGCAACUAUCGACCCGGAGACCAAGCUGGGAUACACUCCCCUCCAUGUGGCCUGUCACUAUGGCAACGUGAAGAUGGUCAACUUCCUGCUGAAGAAUCAGGCGAAGGUCAACAGUAAGACCAAGAACGGUUACACUCCUCUCCACCAGGCCGCCCAGCAGGGACACACUCACAUCAUCAACCUGCUGCUGCAUCACGGAGCGUCGCCCAACGAGCUCACGGCCAAUGGGAACAGCGCUCUGUCCAUCGCCAGGAGACUGGGAUACAUCUCUGUAGUCGACACUCUGAAGGUGGUAACGGAAGAAACUGUGACCACUCAGACUGUGAUGGAGAAACACAAGAUGAACGUUCCAGAGACGAUGAACGAGGUGCUGGACAUGUCCGACGACGAAGUCUGUAGAGCCAAUGCUCCUGAAAUCAUCACUGAGGACUAUUUUUCUGAUGUGGAAGAAGAGAUGGAUGUUGGAAAUAUCUGCAUCAGCUACUCGUGUGACGAUGCCAUGACGGGGGACACCGAUAAGUAUUUGGCCCCCCAGGACCUGAGGGAGUUGGGGGACGACUCUCUGCCUCAGGAGGGCUACAUGGGCUUCAGCGUUGGAGCUCGAUCUCAGAGUCCCAAAGUCAGCCUGCGUUCCUUCAGUUCUGAUAGGUCCAACACCCUGAACCGGAGCUCCUUCACCAGGGACAGCAUGAUGAUCGAGGAGAUCCUGGCGCCCACCAAGGAGAUGCAUCUCUCGGUGGCGAAGGACUUUGACAGCGACUCUCUGAGGAGGUACAGCUGGACGGCAGACGCUCUGGAUAAUGUCAACCUCGUGUCGUCGCCGAUUCACUCCGGGUUCCUGGUCAGCUUCAUGGUGGACGCCAGAGGAGGUUCGAUGAGGGGAAGUCGCCACAACGGGAUGCGGAUCAUCAUCCCGCCCAGGAAGUGCACGGCGCCCACCAGGAUCACCUGCCGCCUGGUGAAGAGGCACAAGCUGGCGUCGCCUCCUCCCAUGGUGGAGGGCGAAGGCCUGGCCAGCCGGCUGGUGGAGGUCGGUCCGGCUGGAGCUCAGUUCCUCGGGCCCGUGAUAGUUGAGAUCCCACACUUCGGCUCGAUGCGAGGCCACGAGAGGGAGCUGAUCCUGCUGCGAAGCGAGAAUGGAGAGAACUGGAAGGAACAUCUGUACGACUGCAAGACCGACGACCUCAACCAGCUGCUCAACGGCAUGGACGAAGAGCUGGACAGCCCCGAGGAGCUGGAGAGGAAGAGAAUCUGCCGCAUCGUCACCAAGGACUUCCCACAAUACUUUGCUGUGGUGUCCCGGAUCAGGCAGGAGACCAAUCACAUGGGGCCGGAGGGCGGGACUCUGUGCAGCCGCAGCGUCCCAUUGGUCCAGGCCUGCUUCCCUGAGGGGGCGCUGACCAAGAAGAUCAAGGUUGGACUGCAGGCCCAGCCGGUUCCCGACGACACGGUGAAGAAGAUCCUGGGUAACCGGGCCACCUUCAGCCCCAUCGUCACCGUGGAGCCCAGGAGGAGGAAGUUCCACAAGCCCAUCACCAUGACGAUCCCGGUGCCGCCGCUGUCGGGGGAGGGGCUUAGCAAUGGGUACAAGGGGGACUGCACUCCCUGCCUCCGCCUCCUCUGCAGCAUCACGGGAGGAACGUCUCCGGCUCAGUGGGAGGACAUCACAGGAACGACUCCUCUGACGUUCGUCAACGACUGCGUCUCCUUCACCACCAACGUUUCUGCCAGGUUCUGGCUGGCCGACUGCCACCAGAUCCCGGAGACGGUGGCUUUGGCCUCUCAGCUCUACCGGGAGCUGAUCUGCGUUCCCUACAUGGCCAAGUUCGUGGUGUUCGCCAAGAUGAACGACCCAGUGGAGUCGAGGCUUCGCUGCUUCUGCAUGACGGACGACAAGGUGGACAAAACCCUGGAGCAGCAGGAGAACUUCGAGGAGGUGGCCAGGAGCAAAGACAUCGAGGUUCUGGAAGGCCGGCCCAUCUAUGUGGACUGUUAUGGAAACCUGGCUCCUCUGACCAAAGCCGGUCAGCAGUUAGUUCUGAACUUCUACGCCUUCAAGGAGAACCGGCUGCCCUUCUGUGUUAAGGUCAGAGAUCCCAGCCAGGAGCCCUGCGGUCGCCUCACCUUCCUCAAAGAGUGUAAAACCACCAAAGGCCUUCCUCAGACGGCCGUGUGCAACCUGAACAUCACGCUUCCUGCGGUGAAGAAGGAUAUGGAGUCAGAUGCCGAGGACGAGACUGAAAAGCCAGAGCGACGUCAUACCUUUGCAUCCCUAGCCUUACGUAAGCGCUACAGCUAUCUGGCCGAGCCUGCACUGAAAACAGCAGUUGAGCGAAGCGCAGCAGCAACAAGAACACUGCCUGCUGGUUACCCUCACAAACCUGUCUUUCCAACCAGACCUUACCCACCAUGGUCGACUGCUCCUAUUACCGUCCCUGGCCAAACAAGGCCAGUCGGAGUGGGGGGUUCCCUCGUCUCUACCGAUUCACCGGCAGGCUCACCAGCUGCUUCUCCACUGAAAUCCGCCUGGCCUCUUUCAGCCCCUUCACCUGCAUGCCCUGCAACCAUCAUAGCCUCCCUUGGAGCUCCACCACCAGCACCUUCCAUGUCGUCCCCGGUUAAAUCAGUCAGCGAAAUAGCAUCCUCAUCCCCCAUCAGGUCUUACAGGACUAUGCCCUCACCCAUUAAAACUGUCGUCCAGCAGGGCCAGUACCCCGUCCAGGGGUCUGCCAGCCUCGUGUCUUCUGGAAGCCCAUGCAAACCUGCCACAGAUCCAGCUUCCAUCAAAAACCUUGCUUCUGCAUACACAUCCAGAACAUCUCCACUUCACUCGAUACCCAACGGUUCUGUACCAGCUCCUGUUCCUGCUGCAGCAUCGCCAAAGACGUCGUACAACAUGUACAACUCCAACCUGCCUUUCAAAACUGCCCUUGGGUCCACAGACGUUACCCAUUCCCCCGUUAAAAGCAUCUCCAGCUUGUCCUCUCUGAAAACCUCUGUAGAUUCAACGCUGUCAUCCCGAGGAGGGAGGACGUCCCUGUCGUCUCUCUCCUCAACCGGCCAGACGACCAUUGCUUCCUCAGAACUGGCCACAAUGAAUGGACAAGUAUCGCCAGUUAAAUUCCCGUCCUCCUCCUCGACACCAUCCUCCCCUUCUUCUCGCCUUCUCUCGGAGAAAAGCAGCAGCCUCCAGGAGAGGAUUCAGGCCACCACCCAGGCGGCGACGUCUGGUGUCAGCGCAGCCAUAAACGAAGCCAUAGAUUCGUACUCUGUGUCUGGUUAUGGCACCCUUAAAUCACUAUCCUCCUCGCGCAGAUCUGCAACUGCAAGUUCUGCUUACAGUUCUCUGAGAUCUGCAACCAUCCCACCAAGUGCAGCAGUUUCAUCUAACACGAUGACUGUACCCGUUUAUUCUCUGGUCAACGUCAUUCCAGAGACGCCCGUCAAACCCGGGCCCGGUUCUCUCAAAAUGGCUCUUCCCAACACCCCUCGUGCCUCAGCCUCAACCUCAUCUUCCUCUUCGAUGUCUUCCUGCAUUACUGCCACAAAAAUAAAGUCCCAGUUAAAAUCCCCGCCUUUUAUCACGCCGCCCAUCAUCCACCCGACUGCAGCGUCCAAUCAGGAGAUACUGAAAGAUGUAGCAGACAUGAAGGAAGAUCUAAUCAGAAUGACAGCAAUCCUGCAGACAGACACACAGACAGCAGUUAAAACUGUCCAAACAUCACAUACUGGUACUCCUAAAGAGGCUAAAUUAGAGGAUGAGGAGCCAUUUACUUUAGUAGAAAAAGUGAAAGAAGAUUUAGUUAAAGUUAGCGAGAUAUUACAGAAAGAUAUCAUGAGCGAGAGUAAGGCCACGGCAGGGAAAGAGAGAGCAUCAGAGGAUGAAUGGGAGGAGUUUUCCAAAGAUGAGAUUGAAGAGGCACAAAGAUUCUCAGACUAUUUCCCUCUCUUUGACGAGAACACGCUCUUUUUAAAGCACCAGGCCAUGUCAAGCAAAGACUUAGAGUUGGCUAAAGUGGUAGAUUAUUUAACGAAUGACAUGGGCGCGAGCUCUCUCUCAAAAAUGGCUGAGCUCAAAUGUAGGCAUGAGGAGGAGGCAAAGAGGGAAGGGGAGGAAAAACAGAAACGUGUUCUCAAACCAUCCAUGUCCAUACAAGAGCACAAACUCAAAAUGCCUCCGCCAGUCUCGGGCAUGCUCAGGUCUCCAUCAGAGAAGGAUUUAAGCAAACUGGCCGAGUCCUAUCAGGGGUCAGACACGAUACUAGAAUCGCCCGAGGACUUGUCUCAUGAGCAGGAUAAGAGUCCUUUGUCGGACAGUGGGUUUGAAACCAGGAGCGAAAAGACACCCUCCGCCCCUCAAAGUGCGGAAAGUACAGGACCCAAACCUUUGUUCACUGAUUCACCCAUUCCCCCUUGUGUAACUGAGACCAGAACCGAAGUAGUCCAUAUCAGGAGCUACGAUGAUCCCUGCGAGCCCGGAUUCAUGGACGAAGCUGCUUCUGCUCUCCCUGCUUUAGAGCCAGAAGCAGUUUCGGCCAGCUCCGUGAAGGCACUGCAGAUGAAAAUGCCCGAAGACGACGGCAUGAUGAACAAAAGCGUGUGUCUAAAAGAGGAAACUCAUAUCACGACUACAACUAGAAUGGUCUAUCAUAAGCCCCAGCUGACGGACGGCGCAGAGAUGAUCGAGGAAGCCAUGUCAGUUAGAGAUAUCAUGAAAGCUUUCCAGUCAGGUAGGGACCCUUCUAAAGAGCUGGCGGGCCUUUUUGAGCACAAAGCCAGCCAGGAUUCAGUCAAAGGUGAUGAGCUGACGCCUAGAUUUCUAGACCGAGACGUUAAAUCCAAACCCAAAGUUGAAAGGAUAAUUGAGGUUCACAUUGAAAAGGGGCACAGCACAGCAGAGCCGACGGAAGUGUUUAUUAGGGAAACCAAGAAACACCCUGAGCUUUAUGUCUACAAAGGUGAUCGUGGAAUAAGGGAACUUACCGACUAUGAUGAAGCCCAGCAGGAAGAAGAGGAGCUUACUGCUGAAGAAUCCCUGCCCUCCUUCCUGGAAACAUCUCGUGUUAAUACCCCAGUGUCGCAGGAGGAGGACAGUCGGCCAAGUUCUGCUCAGCUAAUAGCAGACGAUUCAUAUAAAGCUCUCAAACUACUGAGCCAGCACUCAAUAGAAUACUGUGAUGAUGAGCUAUCAGAGAUCCGAGGCGAGUCAUACAGGUUUGCUGAGAAAAUGCUUCUCUCAGAGAAGCUCGAUGUGUCGAUGUCUCACUCUGACACAGAGGAUUCAGCGAUGGCGGCUGAUAAAACUCGCCACCAGGUUUCUGAGGAGAGCGGUAGUCGUAGCGCUGAGCAUGGAAGCCCCAAAAGAGAAUCUGGCUCUAAAUCUUCAAAAGAUGGUUCCCCUAAAUCUGGUAAAUUCAUGCACAGGGAUGAACCAUCUCAGUUUGAUAAGGUGACAGUGCUCCAUUACUCCACAGAACCAGGUAGCCCAAAACAUGCAGUUUGGAUGCGAUUUACAGAAGAUAAACACGACAGGAGCAGGGAUAAGCUGCUUUAUGAGGACAGGGUGGACCAAACUGUAAAGGAGGCUGAGGAAAAGCUCAGCGAGGUAUCACAGUUCUUCCGUGACAAAACAGAAAAGCUCAACGAUGAGCUGCAGUCCCCAGAGAAAAAGCCGGUAAGACGAGAGCUAAAGGAGCCCAGAUCCUGGCCUAGUUCAGCUUGCAGCAGCCCCGAGAAAACACAGCAGAAACCGAAACCAGUAGAAGAGACGUUUAGUAGAAGCAAACUCAGAGAGCCUUCAGUUGGUAAAAUGUUUGGCAGCACCACAGCAGCUGAAAAGAAAAGCUCUAGCUUACCAAGCAGCCCACAGAAAAGUGCUUUCUCUCAUACCAGUGAGGAUAAAAUCAAACAAACUAAGACCAGUGAGUCUGAACCAUCUUCUCCUGCAAAAUCAACAUCUAAAGUUAGUGCUGUGAGGAUGAAGUUUGAAUCUGAGGCUCAGAAAGUGAGUAAAAGUCAGCCUAGCCCAACCAAAGUUCCUCCUCCAGUGCAGCCAAAGCCUUCAAUAAAGAAACUACAAGAAAGCAAACUCCCAGUUUAUCAGUUCUUUGCAGGAGGAAAAUCAAAAGUAUCUGAAACAUCAGAGGAAGGGAGUCCGAAAAAGGAUGUAGAGAAGGACUCAGAUGGAAGUAAGUCUGCUUUGAUAUCACCAUCUAAAGUCCCCAAAGUAGAAAAGCUGCCAAACAAAAACAUCCCAGAGGCCUCACCACAAAUUAGUGGAACUAAGACUGACAAAGCAGCUACGAAAGCGAAAGAAAGUCCUUCCACUGUUACUCAGGAAAUUAAAGAAAGCAAUAAAGGUCAGAAAGUUCAAACACCUAUUGUUAAUGGCACUGCUAAACUUGUAGAGAAAGUCAGUGACGCUAAAAAGUACCAACAAAUCACAAAAAGUGAGAGUGCAGCAUCCAAAGAACUAAUAGCCGAGGUGGCUAAAAAAGAUGGUGAGGAACCACUAAACAAAAACCUCAGAAAAAAGACAGAAUCUCAAAUUCCCAUAAGAGCAACAUCCCUGUCUUUAGAUAAUGACCUCACAAAGAAACAGACGAUAACUAAACCCUCACAGAUACCUACGUUAGCUAAAUCCAAAAGUCCCGAGGCGACCCCAGUAAAAACAGAUCUAACCUUUGAAAUUCUUGAUAACGCGCCCAAAGAUUCCAACUCCAAUAACCUUCCGAGCCCCAGAGAUGUGCUGGAGAAAGUCAUAACCCCUCCAACUGCUGUAACAACCAAAGAGAACUUCAAGGGCAUCAAAACAUUGCCAGUUUAUGUCAGCGUCCAGGUGGGCAGGCAGGCAGAGAGGGAAGCUAAAGGAGCACUGUACACAGUAAAACAGAAAUCCAACUCGGCACUCAGUCCCAUAAGCCCAGAUGAUGACACACUAGAACAAGUUUCUUUUAUAGACAGCUCAGGGAAAAGCCCCCUUACUCCAGAGACCCCCAGCUCCGAGGAGGUCAGCUACGACCUCACGUCCAAGACCCCUGAUGGCUUCAUGGGAUUCCUGACAGGGAAGCCGAGCCCCAUUAUGGAGGUAUCCGAGGAAUCGGAGGAAGAUGACCAAGGAAAGAGCGUUUUCUCUUUUAAGGAGGUCCUACCAGAGAGCAAAACGAGCCAGGCAGACCUUGCUAAUGCCAACAAAGAUGAAACAAAAAGUAUUGAUAACCAGCAGGAAUUAACUGAUAAUUCGAACCAGAAAGAAACAAAUGGUGUGCAUGAUGAAGUAGCAGGGCAGGAGCAGCAGGAAGUGUCAAAAGAUAAAGGUAUUGCGUAUAUUGAGUUUCCUCCCCCUCCUCCUCUUGACUCGUCUUCAGAAAUGUCAGACCCAGAGAGAAAAGGUUCAUGUGCCUCUUCAGAGACUGAAACAGAAAUGAUGGAGGUAAACUUGCAAGAAGAGCACGACAAGCAUCUCCUAACCGAGCCAAUUAUACGUAUACAACCCCCUUCACCGGUGCCACCCGAUGACGAGGCCGACGAAGACGAGGACGAGUCGAUCUUCCAGCCGAUUCCGUUUAAGAAAUUCACUUCCAAAGUUUCAGAGGAGGAGGACAAGAAGAAGGAUAAGGAAAAGGCUUCUAAACCCAAAAAACCUGACAAAAAUGGUAAUAACAAAGAUAUUAAUGGUGGGACCAAUGGCUCCAAUGGUUCCAGCAGUGGUUCUAAAGGUUCUAACGGCAAAGGAGAGGACUAUGAUUAUGAGCAAAAUGGAAACGACCAGUCGAUAACAGACUGUUCAAUAGCCACAACGGCUGAAUUUUCUCAUGACACAGAUGCAACAGAGAUUGAUUCACUUGAUGGGUAUGAACUUCAGGAUGAGGAUGACGGCUUGUGUGAGUCGGCAGAUUUACGGUUGUUUGGUCUUCCAGACAGCCGGAGAGACGUCUGGGCGACGGACACUUACAGGUCCACCGAUCGCUCUUUUCCUCCGACCAAACUGGAAGUUAUUGAGGAGGAGAAAACCCCAGAGGAAUGUCAAAAGGACACUUUGAAAAAAGAUUCACCUCCAAAUGGUGGUAAGCCUGACAGUAAAGAUGGAGCUACAAGUCAGGAGCAAAAACCCUCAGAUAAAGAGGGGUUUUCAGACACUUACUUUAGUUAUAAGUUAGAAGAGGAGUUUAAUUCUCCUUUUAAGACUGUUGCUACUAAAGGGCUGGAUUUUGACCCCUGGCCCAGUAAAAGUGGGGAAGAAGAAGUCGUUGACAUGGGAGGGACACGGGGAAGCAAUGGUGAGCCUAAGCCUUUCGGACUGGCGGUCGACGACCAGUCUCAGGCGACAACACCAGACACUACCCCGGCCCGAACGCCAACGGACGAUAGCACGCCGACGAGCGAGCCAAACCCAUUCCCCUUCCAUGAAGGGAAGAUGUUUGAGAUGACGCGCAGUGGUGCGAUUGACAUGAGCAAGAGGGACAUGGUGGAGGAGAGGCUCCAGUUUUUUCAGAUUGGUGAGCAUUACUUCUCGGGGGGCAGGUACAGGGUCAGGGACUUAGAGGUAGACACCUCCUCAGAGUUUAACACUGAAGAUCCCACAGAUACCGUUUCAGUCCCUCAAGUCUCCAUUCAGACUACUACUGUCCAGUUAGAGAUAUCAAAUACAGCUGGCAGCUACAGCACAUGCAGAGACUCCAACACUGAGCCUAAAUUCUCCACUUUUAGAACAGGUUUCAAAAUGUCACCUGAUAAAACCCCAGAUGCUUCAAAUAGCACUUCUAAAUGUAGAAGCACCUUUGAUCAGUCUAAUAAUGCAACCUCAGGAACAACUGUAGAUAGUUUUUACUGUGCAACUUAUACAGAUUAUUAUCAUUUUAAUGCAUUGAACAUGGCAGAGCUGGAUAUUACACCAUCAUACGUGACAGAUCAUUAUUAUUAUUCAGGUAUAUCUGAGCAGAGGGACUAUUUGGGUCAGACCCUGGAAGAUCAGGACUCGCAUUACCAAAGCACAACUACACAACACAUUAGCACUUCCCAAAAGCAGAGCAGCAAUACCAGUAGCAGCAUCCCUAACUCCCAUUAUGUCCACUCAGAGGUCUUUCAACCUGGCAGUAUUGUGUUUGACCUGUUGUACUCUUCAGAACCGACUCUGCAGGAGGUCAUCAGGAUAGAAGCAUCUUCCAGCCAGUUAGAGGACGAAAGCAGGGAGGGCAGGGCUUUUCCUAAUGCAGCAAUAAUGACCACAGAAACCAAAGAGGUCAAAAGCCACGUAUCCAAGUCCAGGUUACCAGUGAGGGUGCCCAGUGGCAAACUAUGCAGUCAAAGUCGAUCAACAAUAAAAGAAAAAGCACAAGAAAAAGUUGUGAAAAAAGCAACGUUUAAAAUCAGGGAAAGAUUCGACCCUUUUGAUAAUUUAUUUCCUAAGUCUAGAAUCCCAGUAAUGAAAGCCAUUAAAUACCCUUCUUGUUCCCAGGAGCAGAAACGGGUUAGAACUAAAUCUGCAAUUAGCAAUAGGAUCAUUAAAACCACCAGGGGUAGUAAACAGCCAACUAAAAGCAGAUCCAGCGCUGAAGACAGAUACAGCGUAAUGAAAACCUCCACAAAUGAGAGAAAAAACAGCGCAGUGGUGUCGAAAAACCUUAAAUCUAAGUCAGCGAGUAGGAAGGUAGCAGCCAAGUCUUUGGACAAAACCACUCCCAAGGAGGCUGAGAGAAAGUUAGAGGGGAAAACCACUGAGGACGAAGACAGCUGCAGCCUGAGCACUACCAGGAACACUUCCCUGUCAGAGCCAUCUAGAGCUUCUAGAAGUUCCUGCCCUUCACGCACCUCUACCUCCACCUCCACCUGCACCACCACAUCAACACCAUCUGCUAGAGAUGUGAGAGCUGAGGUUGAGCAAGCCAGCAGUGAGAGGAGGAUGAUGAGGAAGAGGAAGAGUAGGCGGACGGAGGAAGGGAGUCAGGUUGAUCAACCGAUCGCGGCUCCUGUCACAGAGACUAGCCCUCAGAGUCCCUGUGAGAGAACAGACCUCCGCAUGGCGAUAGUAGCCGACCACCUCGGACUCAGCUGGACUGAGCUGGCCAGGGAGCUGGAUUUCUCUGUGGAAGAGAUCAACUUCAUCCGAGUGGAGAACCCCAAUUCCCUGACAGCACAGAGCUUCAUGCUCCUAAAGAAAUGGGUGCACAGGGACGGUAAAAAUGCCACAACGGAUGCUUUAACUGCGGUGCUGACUAAGAUCAAUCGAUUGGAUAUUGUGACUUUGCUGGAAGGGCCCAUAUUUGACUACGGUAACAUUUCAGGCACACGCUGCUUUGCCGAUGAUAACGCAGUAUUCCCGGAUCAGUCCGAUGAAUACCACAAUAUAGAUCUGGAGCUGCAGACCCCCUCAGACCUCAACUACGUGCCCCCGACCCCGCUGCGCUCCGACGACUUCUUUAGCGAGGGCGACGCUAGCGUAGAGUCCCCUAGCAAGUCCGCCCUAACUAGACCUAGCGACCUCUCCCUCACUCAGACCACCAGUACCUCCAGCAGCGACCCCCUCACUGUGGCCCCGGGGCCCGGAUCCAAAGCCCAGGAGCCGCCCCUGGUUGGCCCUGAAGAAACGGGGAUGUCUGUGGAAAAUAAAACCGGUCCAGAUAACGACCGGAGGGCAGUGGAGCAGUCAGGGAAGGCGACGAAGCGAGAAGCAGAAGUCAUCGUGGAGGUUGCCUCGGACACCGGACUCGGGAACGGAAAGGAGGAAGAGGAGGAGGAGGAGAUGACCCAGGAGAGGCUGCAGAGUCUGCUGGAGGAUAUAAAGCUGGAGGGAGGCGUGGAGGAAGAGGAGAUGACAGAGGAGAGGGUGAACGCCAUCCUCGAACAAGUACGGCAAGCAGAAAAAGACGUGUGUUCAGUUCCAGGAUGGAGGAGCGAGGAGUCGGCAGCCCCCGGACAAAGUGCCAACACCGAGGAGGGCAGUCCCGACAGCCUGGUGGAUUCUCUGGAACAGCCGCCGGCUCAGAACGGAGGUCACGCCGAGGCGUCCGGAGACGGGAAGAAGAAGGAAUCUCAGGAGGACAGCAGCACAGCGGGACCAAGCAAAGGACGGGAAGACGGAGGGGACCGGUCCCAGCACAAAGUCCAGGGGAGACUUAGAGCCGGAGAGUCGGACUCUGAAGAAGAAACCACCGUCACCACCAGAGUUUACCGCAGACGGGUCAUUCUGAAGGGAGAGGAAGCCAGAAACAUUCCUGGAGAGUCUGUGACCGAGGAGCAGUUCAUAGACGAAGACGGGAAUCUGGUCACCAGAAAAGUGAUCAGAAAAGUGGUUCGUCGGAUUUACAACUCAGAGGACAGGAGGGAAAGCGAAGGCGAACUUUUAGCCGACGAAGCAGCGGCUGCUGCUGUUGUUACUGCUGCUGAUGCUGUUGAUGCUGCUGUUGGUGCAACAACAGCUGGAGCAGAUGUUGCUCCUUCAGCCGGACCCUCGGGGGGUAAAAGCAAGAAGAGGGGGAAGCGAUCCCGACACAAGGACGAAGCCCAGAGAGGGAAAACUGAGCCUGGAGACGCUGCCAACAAGAAACAGGGCAAGAAGAGUCAGUCAUAACAGUGGAGCUCUCAAAUACACCUGGUCCACCUGCGUCCAGCAUCCACUCUGGGAGGAACAUCAGAGGAACACGUCAAUCAGCCGAGUCGCGUCUGAAGCUUUCACUUUAACAAACGCAUGGUUUUCAGCAAGACAACGUUUACUUUUAUUUGAUUUCGCAUGAGCAUGUCACCAAACUCACUCACCGUUGGGGAACGCCGCUGGGAGGACUCGCAUGGACGUGAGCCGGAUGUUUUCCAAAGACGGCACAAAACGAGGAGAAAAAAAACCGAACCGCUGACGGAUCGACUUCACUCUCAGACACUCGCCUUAUAUCGUCUAUUUUUCCUCCUGGACCCUCAGUAUCGGGGUUGUACCACGUGGUUCUUUUUUUAAAAAAGAGAAACAAAUGAAAUAUAAUAGUAAAUGGGUGAUUUUUUUCCUUGUAUAUAAAUGACACUGUAUAAAAAUCUUUAAAAACAACAGAAACCAGUAGCUUCACGGAUUGUUUCUGCACUGAUUGAUGAAGCUUUGCCGAGAGGUCGACACUGUUUGAGAAGCCUUGACUUUGACUUGCUCUUCCUAAGCCAAUAUAUUAAUUAAAAAAAAAAACAGCCAAAUGAGAAGCGAAUGGAGAAAAUGAAAAACACUGCUUGGUUUGUUUCUUUAACAGCUCGGGGCGUUCUGCAGACUGCAUGUGGCGUCACUUUCCUUUAACGCUUUCUGUUUCUCCUCCUAACUCAGAGCACUGUAAUAAACUCGAGGGUUUGCUUCUGUCCGAGCGGCACUCAUCAUGACGUUUUUAGUUGAACGGAAACACUCCGAAUGUUUCGUUAGCUCAAAGCGCUAGCAGCCCUCUGUGUGUGUGUGUGUGUGUGUGUGUGUGUGUGUGUGUGUGUGUGUGUGUGUGUGCGUGCGUGCGUGCGUGCGUGCGUGCGUGUGCGAUUAGCAUCCAAUAAAUCCCGUCUAUCUGUAAACCCAUCUAGAAGUUUAGGCUUUUAGUUCGACUGUGGUUUUCAAAUAAAAUAAAAACCAGGGGGACUGUUUUUAUUUACACCAGAACAGAGAAUCUCAUUUUGAAGCUCCGUUAAAAACUUCUUUGUACCGACGAGACUCCGAUCUCGAUUUUACACAUCAAAAAUGUGAUUUUCUGUUCCCGUGUAUUUCUUAUUUCUUGUCUUUUUUUUUUGUUGUUCUUUUCAUACGAAUCCACCCAGAAUAUCCAUUGUCGAUGAUAAAUCUGGUACCGACAUGUAUGACCAACCAACAUAGCCUACACUGGAUGAUCCAAGUAAUUAUUUAAGCAGAAAAUAAACUGUGUUGAAACUCAA